ACCCGGAGAAUCAUUCUCUUGCUCGGUGGAGGGUCUGGCUGCCGGAACGUAGACAACAAAAGCAGACUUGAAUUGUCUCUCCCUCUCUCUCUCUCUGCCUGCCUGCCUGCAUCCACCCACACCCCACCUACCAUACACAGUUUCUGGUCUGUUGGUCUACCACUCUGUGCAGUUGACUGAAGCAUGUUCCAAGACAAAGAGCUGGAUUUUGGCCACUUUGACGAGCGGGACAAGUCUCGCUACUCCAAGGGCACCAGGAUGAACGGCCUGCCCAGCCCCACCCACAGCGCCCACUGCAGCUUCUACCGCACGCGCACCUUGCAGGCCCUCACCACCGAGAAGAAAGCCAAGAAGGUCCGCUUCUACCGCAACGGCGAUCGCUACUUCAAGGGCAUCGUCUACGCCAUCUCCGGUGACCGCUUCCGCUCCUUCGAGGCUCUGCUCGCCGACCUGACCCGGACCCUGUCCGAUAACGUCAACCUUCCCCAGGGAGUCCGCCUAAUCUUCAACAUUGAUGGACUUGGGAAGGUCAGCAGCCUUGAUGAACUAGAGGAAGGAGAGAGCUACGUUUGCUCCUCGCAUGACAUCUUCAAGAAGGUGGACUACACCAGGAACGUGAAUCCCAACUGGUCGGUGAACGUCAAGACCUCUGGAACCCAGAAGGUCCCCCAGUCACUUGCCAGCGCCAAGAACAUGACCGAGGUCAAGGAGACCAAGGACUUUGUCCGCCCCAAGCUGGUGACUGUCAUCCGCAGCGGCGUCAAGCCCCGCAAAGCCGUCAGGGUCCUGCUCAACAAGAAGACCGCGCACUCCUUCGAGCAGGUCCUGACCGACAUCACCGAGGCCAUCAAGCUGGAGACGGGGAUCGUGAAGAAACUCUACACCUUGGACGGCAAACAGGUGGCUUGCCUGCAGGACUUCUUUGGAGAUGAUGAUGUCUUCAUAGCUUGCGGGCCAGAAAAGUUUCGCUAUGCCCAAGACGACUUCUCACUGGAUGAAAAUGAGGUACAGAGAAGUCGGACGCUGGCAGGUUUUGAUGUUGAAUGCCGUGUGGUGAAGACAACCGCGGGAGGUAAACCAGUCAACGCCACUCAGAGAUCAGCGGGCAAGGGCUCUGGAGCUUCACGUCGCAGUAAGUCUCCUGCUGACUCUGCUAAUGGGACUUCCAGCAGCCAGCUCUCCACCCCAAAGUCAAACAAGUCCCCAGUCUCCACACCCAUUUCUACACCCACCAGCCCAGGUUGCCUUCGCAAGCACAAGGACCUGUAUCUGCCACUUUCUCUGGAUGACUCGGACUCUCUGGGUGACUCGAUGUAAGCCGUCCGAGGCGAGCGAGCGGUCGGGCCAGGAAGUAAAGUCCGGAAAUCGCCGUGGGAAGUAGUAAGACUUGGGAGUGAAAAUCUGCCCGGUGCAGAAACAUUACUAUUUGUGCAAAAUCGCCAAGCGACACCGAUAAAAAAAAAAAUCCCUUAAAAAAAAAAAUCACCAAAAAGUUGCCCUUUUUUUUUUUUUUUUA